AUGGAGGCCUCUUCACUUCCUUUCUUAGACAACAGAGAUCCUCGUUUGAAACUCAAGGUGGAAAACAGAAUACGAAACGUGUUUGUGACACAGACGGACGACACCAGACAUGUGGAGGAGAAAGAUGUCAACCCCAUUCCUGUUGUAACACAGGUUCCCGGCCGAGUCCUUGAGGCAGGAGUGAACACUUUGCAAAAGACGGUGGUUCUGAAGAAACAGGCUGAGUUGGACGAGGUGAACGCGCUGCUUGCACUCAAACGGCAAGAGUUCAGGACGAGCGUGGAGGCUUUGUCACAGAGGAAGUCUGAACUGGACCUAAAACUCCAGGAGACCAAAGAAAGGGCAAUGAAGUUUGAGAGGUUUGUGGCUGAAAAUGAAGUGAAGCGAUGCAGAUCGCUGAAGAAGUAUGAAGCUGCGCGGGAGCAGAACAUUUUGAAGCAGAGAGAAAUAGAGGAUCUAACGAAGCAGCUGAAACAACUUCGCACCAGACAGCAAGUUUUAAAAGAGAGAACGACAAAAUACAAAAUCUAUGAGGACUACUUGAUGAAAACACUAGAAUAUCUUCCCAGCACUUACGUCGAUAAUGGGUCUGAAUCUUUGGUUAUGCCCAUUAUUCGACGUCACAAGACUCUGUCCGUCACCAACCAGCAGCUGAUGCUCCAUCUGGGGCGGCUGGAGGAGGAAGUGGAGGAGGGCCAGCGACGACUGCACACCAUGGAGCAGGAGCACGGCAUAAAGAAACUGAUGGCCAACAAAGAACUGUCUGAACUCCAGACUGAGUUAGAAAUGCUUAAAGAGAAGAACGAGCAGGCAGAGGUGAACCUGCUGAUGGUGCAAGGCCUGUCCACAGAGAAGGUUGAGGAAGUGGGAAGCUUACUUAUGGCCGUCCACAACCUUGCAGAGCAAUGUUAUCUACCAACAUAUGGACCUCUGGAGAACAUGAAUGAACCGACAAAGAUGGACAUGGUGAAGGAGUACAUUCUGGACAAGGCGGACACGGAGAGGAGAGCGAGGAGACUGAUGGAGUCUGGGUCUGCGAUGACGGGCAGGGUGGCUUUGACAGACAAAAGAGAGCGGGCUUCAAUGAAAAGCAUCGGCAGUAGAACACAAAUCAAAAGUUCAAGUAAAGUCAGUAGAAAGAGCCAGAAUGUUGAUGCAGAAUCUUGA